UGACAAUGACAUUCACAUAUUUAUAUCCGAACUGUAUUUGCUAGCAAGGCAUCACGAGCCACAAGUAAACGGAAGUUCAAAUAUUCGAAAAGGCUGGUUGCUAUGGAGUGACGUCAUAAACCGGCUAAGUGUCUAUUAUCGCCUUGACAGCUUGUUUUUGUAAUCGCUCACAGUAAUCUUGAUUUUGUACAAUAUCUCUACUCCUGCUGGGCACGAUGAAGCCUGUUCUUUUUUAGGGGCUGGAUCGGCCCAUCGACAUUUGGAGAUUGGAUUUCAUAUGAUAUGCGUAGGCAAAAGCGGGAAAGUUUAGUUUCCCGCGGUAGAGUGCAGUUAUGGAUUCCUUCGAACUUCAAAGGGUUGAAUUGUUGCACUCUCCCUCUACAGAUGAGGCAAAGCAAUCGUUUGUUUUAAAUUUCAAGAUAUGUGGCAUGAGAGUGAGGAAGUUUUUCUCAAGUAGCCCGUUAGUGGCACAUUUUCCAAGCGAGUUUUGCAUGGUCCAGCUUUCGGAUUUGAAAAAUGGCGGGAGCUUGGAUGGCCGAUAUGUUCACAACAAUGAAGUGGCCAUCGCCUCUCUAUUUGGAGUUGUUUCUGCCAUCCUCCGACAGAAAUUCAAAGAAGGAGAAGUGGCGAAACACCGUUGGUUGAUCGAGAAAAUAAAUUCGCUAAAAAUGGGAACGGAGACUUCUGCAACUCUACCAAGCGAUGACUCUCGCGAGGAGCUGAAAGCUGCUCGUGAUGCUUCCGCAGCCAUCGAAAUUGAAAACAAUCGACUAAAAGCCGACCUCGAUCAAGCGCGGAGUCAGCUAGUAUCCCUAUCAGAAGAAUUAAAAAAAAUCAGCCACGAAAGACAAACAUCACAGUUAAACAAAAUUCAGGAGAAGGAGGAGAAAGUCGUCGAGGAUGUGUGGACAACGAUCAGCGAUGUUUGCGACAGAUUUCAGGUCAAUCUCACCGAUGUAAUCGCAGGUCAGGUCCACAGUCCUGAGAUGGGGCGAAUGCUCAGCGACAUCGCCAAGAAAAUUAGAAGUAACAGCAGCAGCCCACUCCAAGCGUUGGAAACAAUGUUGGGGGACAGUAGCCCUCAGUUUUUCCAAUCCCUCAGAGUACCAGACUGGACCUUGCUGUAUUUCAAACUACAAUCGAGGAUUCCGGACGAAGCAAGGCAAACGUUACUUAGCAUUUCCAAGCUAGGACGAACCAACGUUAAAACUGACAUCCCAAUCCUUUUGAAUAAGAAUCAAAUAAAGGCAUUGCAUCAGAUGAUUUUUGUUGUGAUAAAAAAAGCUAUGGGCAUCAAUCCCUUACCAGAUGGAGCACCACNUGGCUUCCAGGUGAACCUUUCAGCAGCAGUGGCUUGGGCUGCUAGAGAGGCCCGAUUGCAUAACCCUGACAAGGACACUCUUGAUAUUAAUCUUAAGCUAGAUGGGAGACCAUUUUAUGGUAGACACCAAGUAAUGUUUGGCAUUGUGCCUAUUGAUGUUGACCACGCUUCAAGUGAAAGUUGUAAAAGUGUGUACCCUAUAGCAAUUCCAAACUGUAAGGAAAACAGGGAAAAUGUGGAGGCCCUCAUAAAGGAUAUAAAUUGCCAGAAGGAUGCCAUGAAGAAAACAGGAAUAGUGGUUGAUGGAAGAUGCUUAAAGUUAAAUUUACAGCGCUAAUAAUGCUACUCAAGCGAAAAGGUGGUGAUGCCGACAAAUAUAUUGAUGAACUUUGCAAGCGAGGAUUGGACACAGAGUGCUGUGUAUUCUGCAAAGUUAUUAGGGUAGGUUAUAUAGCCUGCAAUUGCUAUUUAAAUGAUAUGCAUCAUAGCAGAAUUCUACAAAAACACAGAACACAUUCAGGUAACCAGUAUUUGUGAUGCAAUUUAUUUGUAAUCAAUUAGUGGGAGCUUUCUUUGUGUUGAAAUUAUAGAAAGGCAGAAAUUUGUCUAUAAAAAUAAACAUAUCUGUGGUGAACUGAGUGAUUAUAUAUCUACAAAUAGUAGCGAAUGUUAUCUGACUUA